CAAACAUAUAUAUAUACAUUCCUUCAACCCUAAUCAAACAACAACACCAAACCUCUUUAUAAAUACACACACAUAUAUCAUUCUAAACCACACACUAAUCUUUAUAUCAUCAUCUAAACCAUACAUUCAUAGCAACUACAAUUAUAUAUAUACUUAUCAAAUUAUAUUAAGUAUAUUAUUACCAAUACCAUAUGGCUUAUUCCAAUAACAUUUUGAUGAUGAAGAUGAGUCUGUUCAUUUUAUACCCACUAAUCAUGUUGAUAUUGUUAGCUCUUCCAACAUUAUCAACUUCAUCUUUCAAUGUUUUGAUGGGGUUUGGGGCCAAACCCAAUGGCCUAACUGACUCGACCGACGCAUUCCUACGUGCAUGGGAAGCUGCGUGUGCCUCUACAGAAGUCGCCCUCAUAUACGUUCCCAAGGGUAGGUAUUUGGUUCGCCCAAUGGACUUCAAGGGUCCAUGCAAAAGCCCAUAUAUAACCUUUCGUAUUGAUGGCACCCUUGUCGCCCCAGAGGACUAUCAAGUGUUGGGCGGUGCUAAGAAUUGGCUUAACUUCCAAAGAGUUAGCGGUGUUUCUAUUGUUGGUGGUGCACUUGAUGCUAGAGGCUCUGCCGCCGCCAAUCCUAACAAGUCAUGUCCCUCCGGAGCCACGAGUUUGAGCAUUACGUACUCUAAAGACAUAAAAAUCACUGGAUUAUUGUCGUUGAACAGCCAAAUGUUUCACAUUGUAAUAAACCAUUGUGAAAAUGUUGAGAUGAGAGGAGUGAGAAUCAUUGCUCAUGGUGACAGUCCCAACACCGAUGGCAUCCACGUUCAACUCUCCAAAAAUGUUGCCAUCUACAACUCCGCAGUAGGAACUGGGGACGAUUGUGUUUCCAUCGGCCCCGGAACUCAGAAUCUCUGGAUCGAACGCAUGGCGUGUGGUCCUGGUCAUGGCAUUAGCAUCGGAAGCCUAGCCAAGGACAUAGAUGAGGAAGGAGUCCAAAAUGUGACAGUGAAACAAGCUGUUUUUACAGGUACUCAAAAUGGGAUUAGAAUCAAAUCAUGGGCGAAACCUAGCAAAGGCUUUGUUGAGGGUGUUCAUUUCUCAAAUAUCGUCAUGAGAAAUGUUCAAAAUCCAAUCAUAAUCGACCAAAACUAUUGCCCAAGCCAUGUUAAUUGUCCAACUCAUGUGACUGGUAUAAAGAUCAAUGACAUAACUUACAAAAACAUAAAAGGAACAUCUGCAACAACAAUAGCAACAAAGUUUGAUUGUAGCUCUGGAAAUCCAUGCAGUGGGAUUAAAUUGGAAGAUGUGAACUUGACUUUCCAAAACAAACCAGCUCAGUCUCUUUGUGCCAAUGCCAAGGGAAUAUCUUUUGGCACUGUUUUACCUGAUAGUUGUCUAUUAAAUUAAUUUAUUUUUCUUUGUAAUUAAACAAAUUUAUUGUUGUAUAUAUCAUUCAUAUUAUUUUUAAUUAAAAUUGUAUUCACAUUAAUAUUUGUCCUAUAUAUGUAUAACGUUUUUUUUUUAUGCAAUUAUUAUAAAAGUUACU